AUGGACACGCUGAUCUUGGGCGCCCAUCGCCUGAGCAGCAGCUCAAGCUCCAGUUCCAGCUCCUCCAACUAUGGUGACAGGGAUCCUAUGAAUCAUAGUCGUAAGCUUCAAGCACAGAUGCCUGCACCUACCCCUCCUCCUCCAAGCUCUCCUCCGCCAGACAUAAUGCCGCCACCGCCGCCUGGACCUCCUCCACCUGUUGAUCUAAACCAGAAGACAGCGCGACGACCAAAAAUGGAUACUUUGACGAGUAAGAAAGGGACUACUGAACCUGAGAGUAUGCAAAAUGAAGAAGAGCAAGAGGAAGAAGUGGAGAACGAUGAUGUGGACGCGUAUUCGGAUGAGUCAGAUGUGUUUGAAGAGGAUAUGGAGGCCAUAUUGUUUGCUGAAGAGGAGGAAGACCGACGCAAAGGGUACAUGGACUGUCUGACCGAGACGCAUUUGGACAAUGCUGAAUACCCGUACCCAGCGUAUCUUGGCAAGUUAGCCACGCUGUUCACAGAGCAAAAUGCGCUUGGGAAAAACCCUGAGGAUUUUAUUUAUUGCAACAAUCUUUUGGUUAAUCCAAGACAGCUGAGGCUGUUGGACACUCGAACUGCUGCACUUGAGCGAGAGAAAUGGGCACAAGUGCGGAAAUCUACCGCGUUGAAGGCGAAAGAAGAAGAGACGAGGAGAAGCCAGGAAAGACUGGCAGAAGCGCUUGAGCCGCCUGCUAAGAAGAUCAAAAUAUCAGAAGCUACUAUGAAGGCUUUGGAGUCCAAGCAAUAUGUUUCUGCGAGCAGCUUGAAACUUUCAAAUAAGUCGUCGCGAAAGCGAAGUCGAAAGAAACCCACAGCACCAAUUGCAUCCAUGACACCAGCAACGCCAGCUUUAUCAAGUCUCUUGAAUACAUCGAAAGGUAGCAGGAGAAAGGCAAAACCUAAGUCGUUGUCGGUACAGACAACGAAUGUCAACGAGAAAGUAAACGGAAAACCCGUUGUUGGUCCAGCCAUUAAGAAGAAAAAGACGACGGCAUUUAGCAGCCAUGCGAAGAAGAGCACAACCGAUGCAACUUCUGUGAUAUCCAAGACUGCGGCUACCGGUGCGAAGGCUAUUAAGGCUGCCAAGAAAGAACAGGUUAAGCAAAAAGCAAUUCUUUCGGCUAGCGAUCUCAAGGAAGUCAGAGUACAAGCUCAAAUUGAGAAGAACCGAUCUGAGGCGGACGUAGACCGUGGCAACGAAAGCUCGUCGUCUUCCUCGUCGUCGUCUUCCUCCUCUUCGUCGUCAUCUUCCUCCUCGUCGUCGUCUUCCUCCUCUUCGUCGUCAUCUUCCUCCUCGUCUUCAUCGACUUCAGUAUCCAGUAGCUCAUUUGACGAUGACACAGCAAGUAAUGUGGUUUAG